AGCCUCAAGGGAGUCAUUUGUAAUUUACCCGCAAGAUAAUAUUUACCCAAAAGCAGCGAUUUAUCAUUUUCAGGGGUUUUAGGGUUUUUUUUUGGGUUGUUAGUGUAUCUUCAGAGUGGUUUUAGGGUUUUGGUUCGCCAUGGAUUCCGAUCAAAACAAGCUUUUCGUCGGCGGGAUCUCAAGAGAGACGACUGAGGACACACUCACAGAUCACUUCGGCAGGUACGGAGCUAUUAUCGGCUCUGUUAUCGCUCGCGAUCGGAACACGGGAAGCGCAAGAGGGUUCGGCUUUGUUUCCUUCUCCGACUCCUCUGCUGUCGAUAAAGCUCUUCAAGACUCUCACACCAUUCUCGAAAGAACGGUAGAAGUGAAAAAAGCCAUACCCAGGAGUGAACAACACCAAAAUCAACAACAGAAUAAGGGUUUGAGUAGGAAUGGUAGAAGUAACAGUAGGAGCAGUGAUCAGUUUAGGACUAAAAAGAUUUUUGUAGGGGGUUUAGCUGCUAGUCUAACUGAAGAAGAGUUCAAGAAUUACUUUGAGAAGUUUGGUAGGAUUACUGAUGUAGUUGUGAUGCACGACAAUGUGACGAGCCGGCCUAGGGGUUUUGGGUUUAUCACUUUCGAUUCAGAGGAUGCUGCUGAGGAUGUUAUGAAGAAGAGCUUUCAUGAAUUGAGUGGCAAGCUUGUGGAGGUCAAGCGGGCUGUUCCAAAAGAAGGAAAUAACAAUAGUAACAACAAUGGUUAUAAUCCGAGGGUAGGUAGUGGAAGAGAUACCUUCAACAACUAUCAGCGCGGGAAUUACCCCUCUUAUUUUCCUAGAUAUAGCAUUGUCCCGGGUUAUGGACCUCUUUCAGGGUAUGGUGCUGUUACUGGGUAUUCUUAUGGAGCAAGCCAUUUUGGUGCUGGGUACCCUCCUGUGGGAUUCAGUGGAAUUGGGUAUGGGUUGACUCCUCCCGCACCAAGGAGUCCUUGGAAUAGCCCUCCGGUUCUUGGCGUCAGGGGAGGUCCAUUGCCAUAUGGCAAUGUUGCUACUGUCUAUCCUGCCUACUUGAAUGGCGGUGUUGGAGCAAUGGGUAUGGCUUCCAAUGGGUAUAGUGGAGUUGCGGGAAUGGGAGUGAAUGGAAAAUUAAGUCAACUUGGAAGUAGUGAUGCACAAGUGGCAGCUGACGUAACGCCUGCUCAGAUUAAUGGGGCAAAUGUAAAUGUAAACUCUACGGGUAUGGGUGGAAGCUAUGGUGCUACCUCUAGUAAACAGAACAAAAAUGGCACUACUGAUGGGUGAUUAAGGCCUUACCCUGUGUAAAUCUAGUUGACUAAUUGGCAUCUCUUUCAGGGCAUUGGCAGGUUAGUAAAUUCUUACACUGACGGGUUAGAGGGGUUUUACUGUGACUAUGUGAAUGCCCUUUCUUUAGAUGUUUUUCUUUACCAUAGGGUAUUGCUUGCUUGUCAAUUUUAGUUACAAUAAUUCAUCGUACAGGAUUCGGACUUCUGUAAUAUAAUUGUUUUCGAUUCCCUCUUUUACCAUGCAUUUCUACUUUUAAUGAGGGCAUAUGGCCAUUGAUAUUUUGGAUUGGGGUUGCAAGCAGGGCACGUGAACAAAUGGUUGAUUU